AUGGCACCUGUAUCCGAAAACGGCGUCUUCCUUAUCCUGCCGAUGGCUGAAUCUCUAAGCCUCAAUCGCGCUAUGAACUACGCUGAACAUACCUUCCAGUCGAAUCCAAUACUGUUCAUUGGCUCGGUGACAGGGCUUAUACUGGCAGUGCUUGCCCGCCGUUUAACUAGUGCGAGACGAAGGCUACCGCCGGGGCCCUUGGGGCUCCCCUUGCUCGGGAAUACUCUUCAGCUAACAGGAGAGAAAUGGAUCUUAUUCAGCUCCUGGCGAAAGAUCUAUGGCGAUCUCUUUUAUCUCAACGCAGUCGGCAAACCCAUAAUUGUAAUCAACAAGGCCUCUAUCGCAGUCGACCUGCUGGAUCGUCGGGCAACGCGAUACAUAGACCGGCCACCAAACAUAGUUGCUUGGGAGAUGAUCACGGGAGGCCUCUUCUACGCCUUCGGUCGUUUCGAUGAAGUAUGCCGUCGCAUGCGCAGGGCCUCUCAAGAAACGAUCAACAAGGCUGUCGUGCAUGGGCUCGAUGAGUACAUGAUGUCGGAAGCUCUCGUUCUGGCGCGAAACAGUCUUCAGGAUGCCUCAGCUUGGACCGAAAACCUGCAUCAUGCUUCGGGGAGCGUAAUGCUGGCGUGUCUGUAUGGAGAACCUGCACUUGACGGCGGGCACGAUCCUCGUAUCGAGUUCAUUAAUCAGUUUUCCGAGCGCAUCACGCGUGCACUUCUCCCCGGAGCUCAUUGGGUUGAGGUUCUGCCUUGGAUGCGGCAUAUCCCUAGCAUAUUCGCUCCUUGGAAACGUUCGGCGCAGUAUUGGAACCAGAAGGCCGACGUUGAGUUCAUCCGAAUGUUCGAGUCCACGCGGGACAGAGUCGACAAAGGCGAAGCGCAAGAAUCAAUGUGCUCCAUGCUCAUCACCGAAACAGACCGUUACGGACUUGAUACCCGGGAGAACGCAUGGUUAGCGGCCACCGUAUUCGGUGGAGGGGCCCACACUUCUGCUGCUCUCAUGAGCUGGUGGUCGUUGGCCAUGCUGGUUUAUCCCGAGGUUCAAAGCCGUGCUCAGAAAGAGCUUGAUGCCGUCGUGGGCCGCACGCGCACACCGGCCUUUGCGGACUUGCCCCACCUUCCAUACAUCGAAGCGAUGGUUAAAGAGCUCCUGCGAUGGGGAGCUAUUGCGCCACUGGGACUUCCCCAUUACAGCAACGAGGACGAUGUCUACGACGGUUAUCUCAUACCUAAGGGGACGACCGUCAUCGUGAACGUCUGGGAGCUGAAUCGCGACCGGGAGACAUUCGGUAUGGAUGCUGACGACUUUAAUCCGGCUCGCUACUUGGACGAGAAGGGGCAGCUCCUAUCCAAACUUCCCGGUGCCAAGGACGACGGUCAUUUCACAUACGGGUUUGGCCGGCGGGUCUGCGUCGGGAAGCAGAUCGCGAACAAGAGUCUCUUCAUCGAGAUUGCGACCUGCCUCUGGGCUUUCUCUUUGACCAACAUCGAAGGUCAGAAACUCGAUGUCAAAGCCUUUCGCGAUCAAGGGACUGUUGUCCGGCCUAAGCCGUUUCAUGUCAACAUUCAGUCGCGCUUUCCUGAAGCCCUGGCUUUGCUUUCGCACGAAUGCGAGCUUCGCGGGCGCUAA